AUGCAUUCACAUUAUAAUCAAGAAGAGGAAGAAGAUUAUAAUAAAGUGGUAAGGAUGGCUAUUAAAGGUGGAGUGAUGGGUUUAGGUUUAAUGUUAGGUGCUUCACUUGUAGCUCAACGUUAUUCACAAAUUUAUCGAAACUUGACUUUACCAAUGAAAGCUUUCUUGGUUUCUUCAGGUACAACUGCAGUUUUAAUCAUUGCAGCUGAUCAAGCUAGCAUUAAUGUUCAACGUGCAAAGCGUCUAGUAGCUUUGCCAGAUGAUGGAACAACACCAAAUAAACAAAUUGAAAAUGUAAAACCACGAAAUACAAAUCUUCAUGUAAUUAAAGAUUAUCUUUUAGAUCAUCGAUAUAAAUUCUUGGUAGGUACCUGGGGAUUAACAAUGGCAGGAACAAUGGGUUAUUUAUAUAGAGAUAAAUAUUUGCCCGUUUCACAAAAAAUUGUUAUGGCUCGUAUGUAUUCACAAGCAUUGAUGAUAGGAUUAAUUAUUGGUACUUCUGCUUUAAGUUUGUAUGAUGAUAGACCACAACCAGUCUCAAGUUCAGAAGAUCAUUGGAAAGAUGUUGUCCGUGAAGAAGAAAGAAGAAUAAAUAAGAUUUCAUAA